AUGAUCUUUUGCACAAAGGGGACGGUCGUGAGGGGCUUCCAGCGAGGCCGGGUGAUUAAUUUCAAAACAGCCAACCUCGUCUUAUCAAAUCAGGAUCAACUAGAAGACGGGGUCUUUAGCGGCUGGGCGCGUGUGGAAUUAAGCGGAGACGUUCUCCCCGCAGUCAUUUCAUACGGUAAGAACCCCACAUUUGCUAAUAAAAGCAAAACGUUGGAGGUGCACAUUCUCGCUACGUUCCCCGAGGACUUUUAUGGAGCCACUUUAUACACAACUAUCCAGCGCCGCCUCCGCUCUCCUAUAAAAUUUUCCGGCAUUGAAGAGCUUAAUGCGCAAAUUAAAAUGGAUAUAGAGAAUGCUCAGGUAGAUUAUACAGAGGAAAAUAGGAAGAAAGCAGAGCUUCUUUUCGAGGGCUUAUAA